AUGAAAUUGGCUGUAAGCAGUCAGAAAAUACGCCGUUUGAGAUUACAUGCAAAAUGUUUGAUAAGUGAAGUGAGUAGAGUAUGGGCUAACACAGAUUUUGCAAGUGAUCUGGCUGCAGACAAUUUACUCUUACCAGAUCCGACACCACUUCCAGAGACUAAUAUUCUUUUACCUUUUUUUUUUAUUGGCGAUGAGGCUUUCCCAUUGUCAAUAUGAUGC